AUGAAUGGUUUCGGUCGUGCGCUGGCCAGGAAUAGUAGUCCUCAUGGGCUGCUUGUUGUGAUGUACGAGAGCAUGAAGGCGAUGGUAGAGAGGGCAACGGAGAGAGGUUACGUGGCCAAUGAUGUAGUCUUUGGUGCAGAAGAACGAGAGCACUUCGAGAAGCGGAAGGGGUUCACUCGCCAUGACCACCACCCUUCCGCGAUCCAGGUUCUACUCCAAAGCAGCAAAGAUUCGGAUAUCAUGGGAAACGCGCUGCCCAAUCUGAUCUACCUCUCCAGAGAGAAAUACGCGCGUGUCGAGCGCCAUGAGCAACGCCCCAGUGAUCCUGACUGCGACAUGUACUGCAACAACCCUCUCGCUCCUCUCCACACGCUGUGCUACUUUCUGGACCCUGCCGUCUCCGCCGACCUCGCCUUCGUCCAGUUCCCCCAGUGCUUCCAUGGAAUCAACGAGAACGACAUCUACGCAAGCGAACUCAGCGUGUGUUCAGGAUUAAUCCCAGGGGAAUGGAUGGACUCCGGGGACCCAAAUACGCCGGCACCGGUUGCUUCUUCUCGCGACGCUCUUUGCAUGGCACCAGCUCGCCGGCUCACCGUGGCUCGUCGGCUUCGGAGUCCGCACUGCAGAAAGCCGUGGAAGUGGCUGCCUGCUCCUUCGAACUCGAUUGGGUUCCGAUACGGGUCGCUCGUGGAGGACUUCCACACGGGUUAUCGGCUCUACUACAAGGGAUGGAUGUCCGUGGAGGACAUCCCCAUCAUAGUAUACGACCUUCUUCCACCGCUUGCUCUCAUGUAUCAGACGCCCCUCUUCCCCAAGGUCUCCGAUCCAUGGUUCUUCGUGUACGCCUAUCUCUUCAUCGCAGUCUAUGGCCAACAGUUGAUUCAAGCUUUGUGGCACUAUCGUGGCACAGUCUCCAAGAUUGUGUCAGGCGGUGGUAUUGCCAGUCUGGGCAGUGGUAUUGCCCAGAUCCAAUCUCCGAGAUUAUCAGGCAUUGGUAAUACCAGUCUGGGUGGUGGUACUACCCAGACAUAG